AUGUCAUCUCAUGUGGUCGUGUCCCGGCCCCGUUUUGACUCAAGAGCCGUGGCUCUAGGGGACGAACAACGGCCUCCAAAAGAUGCAGAGAGUUCAGUGAGAGAAAACCUGUACGCUGGCACCUCGGCAGGUCUGGCAACUGCGGGUUAUCGUUCAGCUAAAUAUACACAAGAGGAAUGGUUCGCUAACAACUAUGCCACACUGAAUCAAGCGGUUACAGAUUAUAACAAUGCUGAAAAAUUACGACACGAGUCCAAAACACUGUACACGGAUACCGAGGCUGGGACUUUUCGCACGCAAACGGAGGGAACUCGGUACUUGGGGGAGAGAUUAGUUGAUAUUCACUUCUGGAAGUCAGAACUGGAGCAGAAUAUUAAACAAAUUGCAGCUGAAACCGAAUUACUUUUAGGUCAAAAACGGCGACUGGAAAAGGCGCUAGACACCACCGAGAUCCCCUUUGCUAUUGCUACGGAUAACUUGACCUGCCGUGAGCGGCGGUUCGGACCCGACUUAGUCAAAGACCAAGUUGAAGAGGAGCUACUCAAGGAAGUCGAACUCAUCCGAAGCGUUCAAGCCCUGCUAAAAAGAACGCUGGACCAGACGGCUAAUCAAAUAAGGGCAAACAGGCAGGCGAAGCAGACGCUGGAGCUGGACUGGUCAGACAAACACCAGGCCUACGGUCUAGACGACCAGUGUGGCAGAUUCAACAAUAAGAGUGCAGACACCCAGCAUCACCCCAGCUCCUCUAAACUACAGGAUCAGGUUAGUGACCCAGAGGCGUGGGUGAAGUUUACCCAGGAUAACCUGCGUGUGUGUGAGCAGGAGCAGCAGGCCAGUGCGUCUCUGCGGCUCUUAGCAGAGCGAGUGCUUCAGGAGACCUCAGAGGACAUGAGGGUCCAGUCUGCUAAUGUGGACAAGGCUUUCAGUCAGAGGUGCCUGCAACUCACAGAGGCCAAGACUCAACUGGAGCUCCAUCUGGCCAAGGUGCUGAAGCAGAUCGGAGCUCAGGAGAAGAAUAUAGUGUGUCUCCAGCAGGCUGUGUAUGAUAAACAGGCUCCCCUCAGAGUGGCUGAGUCUCGUCUUUACCACAGGGCACAGAGACCCAACAUGGAGCUGUGUAGAGACACCCCACAACUCAGUCUGUUAGGUGAAGUGGAGCAGAUCUCAGAGACGGUGACAGUUCUCCAGCGUCAGCUGUGUGAGGCUCGACGUUCUCUGUCAGACCUGGAGGACACGCGGAUGACCCUGGAGAAGGACAUUCACUGCAAAACACACUCUCUCUUCAUUGACCGUGAGAAAUGCCUCGCCCACCGUACCCGCUACCCAACUGUGUUAGCACUGUCAGGAUACUAA